UGUGCUGUGUUCAUUACCACUUUGCCCUGCCUCGUUCUGGCCAGACCAUUCCAUGACAAUCCUGUUGUGCAAGCAUGGUACUUCUUCAAGUGCGUGUACUUUGCCUUUUCAUCACGGCAAAUAGCUGCUGGUUAUCCAACGCGUAUUCUUGGGAACUUCCUCACCAAGGAGUCCAGUGUUAUUUCCGCCGUCUUGUUUUUAGGAAUCCAGGCGAUACCAUUUCUGCUGGAGAUUCGCACACUGCUAGACUGGGCGUGUACAAAUACCGUCCUCUCCAUCAUGUACUGGUUCAAGGUGGAGGACAUACGGGCCAAUAUCUACGUUAUUCAGUGCUUCAAGGAUGACGAAAGGAGAACUCCGCGUAAGCUGGGCAAGAUCAUCGGUGUGGGCGUAAAGAUAGUGACGGGUGGUUUUGGAGUAGCGGCGCUGAUUCUUGUCUUGUGGCUGCCCCUUAUUAUUAUCUCCUUGGUCAACUCUACCAGUCUGCCCAAUCAGCCGUACUCGGGAACGCUGUCAGUGCAGCUGGCUGGCUAUGAGCCGAUGUUUCGCUUCACUGGUGAAGAGGACUUUGUGAAGAAUAUCACACAAAGUGACUACGUUCAAGUCAAGGCCAACCGGUCGCAAGCGGCGCUGAACGAGAUCUCCACGUACACAUACACGGACGUGUCUCACUUUCUCAUCCCGUCGCGCUCCGGCUCGCUAUGGGCUAUCAGCCCUCCGGCUCUGGAGGCGCUCAAGACGGAGCUGUCCGGGAGCAAGUCCUUUCUACCCAUCUAUUUCCACUGGUCGUUCAAGCGGCGAUCGGCAACUGGUCUUGCGUCCGAUGCCGUGUCUGGCUCCACCAGCAAGUUUGUAACCGAUGAUGAGCGUGCACAGCUGCUGGCAAUCCUCACAGGAGAUGCGCAGAAUGUUACGUUUAAAAACAUCUUCCCCACGUUCAUCAACGCUCCAUCGAACCGGCGUCGCGAAGGCCAUGUCUGCCCUGAAUCGGGAUCACCCGGUGAGUAUACAGCUAGCACUGAGCACGUACCACCGGGGUCGGACGCGCCGCAGCGCUGGUGGUCACUCUACAGCGAAGGAAAGCACGUCAUCACUAACCCUGGUAGCGGUAGCGGCGGUGGUGUGAACGCCACUAACAGUGUGGAGAUGAUCAUAUUCAGUCCGAAGAUCGCUGCGCCUCAGUUCUCCAUAUUAGCCGGGCAAGGGAUCAUUGGUCUCUACAUCUCUCUAGUGCUGGUUGUCGGCCAGUUCCUGCGACUGUUCUUCAAGAACAUCUCGCAUCGCAUUCCCUUCGACGACCUGCCAAAUCCGGACGCCAUUCACGGCCUUGUCAAAGACAUUUACUUGGUGCGUGAAAGUGGACGCUAUGGCUUGGAGGAGCGCCUUGUUGGCCAGCUGUUCCUCAUCUACCGCAAUUCGACGGAAAUGAUCCGUCUCACACGGGAGAAGCCCAUUGCCGGGAAGGUGAAGACAGAGUAAGCCGUCGUUCGCAUUCUGAGAACUGCUGUUGGCGCCUGAGACCACCAGCCUACACUCAGUAUCUUAUGCCGCACACAACGAUCAUCUCCUGCUGGAUCCUGCUACGAAAUAUAUCUCUAGUUCCUGUGAAAUGUCUACUUUCCCCAUGAAAUCUCUACUUUCCCAUGAAAUCUCUACUUUCCGUGAAAUCUCUACUUUCCGUGAAAUGUCUUCACUUUCUGUGGACGCCCCAUCUCUCAUGGCAAUUUCAGCACUUCUAGGGAUUCAUCUCAGACUUAACUGUCCCUUGUUGUCUUCUGUGUCCCUUUGCCAGCCAUUUGCGUAAUGUGACGGCAAUGUUGAGUUGGCUAUUUUUCUAUGAGAUUUUUUUGGACCUUUCGAAUCGUUUUACUUCAAGAGGCACAACACGACUUAGUGUUCUGUUGUUUUGUGUUUCGGUAUCCAUGGUAUCGGGUAUCCAUGGUAUCGGUUGCUACCGGACCUAACAUACAUGUAGGUUUGCGGCGCCUGCGUCUUUUUAACAGCUGUUUUUUACGUGCCCAACACAAAACUAGCCAUUCCCCACAGUGUCCUGAGGUCUGUUUUAGUUGUUGUACAUCAUGUAUGCCGUUCAUAUCAAAGGUUCUGCUUACACUGCGUAUUCAAACUGAUCCUUUGAAUUCGUAGUUUUCCCAAUCCUUUCAAAAAUUAAAUUUUACACUGCAUAGUAGUAGUUGUCUUAAAAUUGUCGUAUUCUUACACUUGGCUCAUUGGCAAGCUCAUGAGAUUUCAUCACUCCGAUUUUUAUGACAAUUCACUCCACCACUAGUGGAUCCAGCUGCCUGUUGAUUGGUUUUUUCAAUGUACACGUUCUGUACCCAAGUCGUGCUCUUCUUUUUCUAAAUAACAAUGUUUCACCAGA